UGGUGCCGCAGCAAUCAAUAAAGCUAUGGAAACAGUACAAGUUCUGGAUCAAAGAUAUUUCGAGGAUAGGGACCAGAGUCGAGAAGGCUGCUUCUAUUUCCCUGAACCUCAGCAAGGAACUCCCGUGGUGUUCCCAGGGCAAUGCAGCGAUUCUGUUGUGCAAGCUGUGCCGAACUUUAACUUUAAUAGUUUUCAAGGAACAUGGAAUGAAAUUCAGGCGUAUCCUAAAGAGCAGCAACCGGGCCAGUGCGUAUCACACGCAUUUACUGCGACCAAUACUGGAUACAACCUGAUCACCACAGGAGUCAUCGACCAGUCCCUUUCCACCGCUAACAACAUAGUUACGCGAUCACUCAAUGACAACAGCGCUCAAUUCAACAUCACCAUCAGAACCCCCAAUGGAGAUGUAACUAUGCCAUACUGGAUCCUGAGUACAGACUAUACAAACUAUGCCUUGGCAUACAGUUGUGUGGACCUCAAUCCUGAUUUCAGAGCGGUUUACAGUUGGAAACUCAGCAGAACAAAGCAACUGUCGCAGUCAUCGGUCACCGCUAUCAACAGAAUCAUAGAAUCAGUCAAUGUAUUGCAAGAAAGAUACUUCGAAACAGUCGACCAAUCAAGUACAGCUUGCUUUUAUCUACCAGAACCACUGCCUGGAGUACCCGUUAUAUUCCCCGGUCAAUGUGAUCCAAAUAUUCAAGUUGUUCAAAACUUUAACGCUGCUGGGUAUCUUGGACGCUGGCGAAGAAUAUCAAGCUACCCAGAACCAUUUCAAAUUGGUAAAUGUAACCAGGCCACAUACUCACUCAACGCUGCUGGUUUAAUCGAUGUCUACAACACACAAGUUAUCAAUAACGAACUGGAUUUCAUAAACGGCACAGCUGGUUUGGCUUCUAAUGACGGCAGUGCUAAACUUUGGGUUACUUUCCCUGUCGCUCCGGAACCUGCAUCAUAUUGGAUCUUGGACACGGAUUACGAUUCAUUCGCAUUGGUCUACAGUUGCAGAAACUUGCCGAACAAUCAACGAGGAGUAUCAAGUUGGAAGCUCAGCAGAACACCCCAGCUGACAGCAAGUGCAAUUGAAAGGAUUAACCAAGUGGUCAACAGGAUUGACGUGUUAAACGAGCGCUACUUUGAGGUGGACGACCAGUCUGAUCAAGCCUGCUUCUACCUACCACCACCUGGUCCUAACACGCCAAUCUUCCGAGGCCAAUGUGACCAAACUAUACCUGUUGUAGGUAGCUUCAACGCUACAGCAUACUUAGGCCAGUGGUACGACAUAGCCUCCUAUAACACCGUCUUCCAGGGAGGCACAUGCAACAGCGCUUACUAUAGCUUAGGCGAUGGAGUUGUCGAUGUAUUCAACACGCAAGUGAUCAACCAAAGACUAGAUACCAUGACCGGAAUCGCAGAAGUAGUAUCUACAGAUGGCAGUGCAAAAUUAGACGUUACCUUCCCCAUUGUCGGAACAAAUAACAACAUAACAACGCCAUACUGGGUUCUCGCCACGGACUAUCAAUCAUUUUCCCUCGUGUAUACUUGUGUUAAUAUUGACUCAGAGCAUCAACAAGUCUGGUCUUGGAAGCUUAGCAGGACAAGGCAGCUAACAAGUGCUGCGGUGGCAGCUAUCAAUAACGUAGUUGCACGUAUACCAGUACUGGAUGAGCGAUACUAUGCAACAAGGGACCACAGCAGUCAAGGAUGUUUCUAUUACCCGGAACCCGAAGAAGGAAAACCUGUUAUAUUCCCCGGACAGUGUGAUGAAACUAUAGCUGUUGUUGGAAGCUUCAACGCUGCUGCAUACUUGGGCCAGUGGUACGACAUAGCCUCCUAUAACACCGUCUUCCAGGGAGGCACAUGCAACAGCGCUUACUAUAGCUUAGGCGAUGGAGUUGUCGAUGUAUUCAAUACGCAAGUGAUCAACCAAAGACUAGAUACCAUGACCGGAAUCGCAGAAGUAGUAUCUACAGAUGGCAGUGCAAAAUUAGACGUUACCUUCCCCAUUGUCGGAACUAAUAACAACAUAACAACGCCAUACUGGGUUCUCGCCACGGACUACCAAUCAUUUUCCCUCGUGUAUACUUGUGUUAAUAUUGACUCAGAGCAUCAGCAAGUCUGGUCUUGGAAGCUUAGCAGGACAAGGCAGCUAACAAGUGCUGCGGUGGCAGCUAUCAAUAACGUAGUUGCACGUAUACCAGUACUGGAUGAGCGAUACUAUGCAACAAGGGACCACAGCAGUCAAGGAUGUUUCUAUUACCCGGAACCCGAAGAAGGAAAACCUGUUAUAUUCCCCGGACAGUGUGAUGAAAGUAUAGCUGUUGUUGGAAGCUUCAACGCUGCUGCAUAUUUGGGCCAGUGGUACGACAUAGCCUCCUAUAACACCGCAUUCCAGGAAGGCACAUGCAACAGCGCUUACUAUAGCUUAGGCGAUGGAGUUGUCGAUGUAUUCAACACGCAAGUGAUCAACCAAAGACUAGACACUAUGACCGGAAUCGCAGAAGUAGUGUCUACAGAUGGCAGUGCAAAAUUAGACGUUACCUUCCCCAUUGUCGGAACUAAUAACAACAUAACAACGCCAUAUUGGGUCAUCGCCACGGACUACCAAUCAUUUUCCCUCGUGUAUACUUGUGUUAAUAUUGACGCAGAGAGACAACAAGUCUGGUCUUGGAAGCUUAGCAGGACAAGGCAGCUAACAAGUGCUGCGGUGACGGCUAUCAAUAACGCAGUUGCACGUAUACCAGUACUGGAUGAGCGAUACUAUGUGCCAAGGGACCAUAGCAAUCAAGGAUGUUUCUAUUACCCGGAACCUGAAGAAGGAAAACCUGUUGUGUUCCCCGGACAGUGUGAUUCGUCGAUACAAGCUGUGCCCAACUUUAACAUGACUGCUUUCAAAGGGAUAUGGCAUGAAAUAGAAGCGUAUCCGAAAGACGAUCAACCCGGGCAAUGUAUUAACCAUCAAUAUACUUUGGCAACUUCAGACAUUUUGGAUCUUGUAUCAUCUAACGUUGUUAACGAAACCCUAGGACUCACUAAUAGCAGAGUUACAUUUGCAUCGGCACAAGAUUCUUCUGGAAGGCUUGUAAUAACCCUUACAUCUGGAGGAUCAACAAUAAUAAUACCAUUCUGGAUUUUGAGCAUAGAUUAUUCGGAUUAUGCUCUAGCCUAUAGCUGCGUCAACAUCAACCCAAAUCAACGAGCAGUUUACAGUUGGAAACUAAGCAGAUCAAAGAUGCUAUCAGCAGCAGGAAAUACAGCGAUAAACAACAAAAUAUCAGAGAUCGACGUUUUGCAGAGCAAGUAUUAUGAAAAAAUCGACCAGUCUGACAACGCUUGUUUCUAUUUACCCGACUUGCCCCCUGGAGCACCGGUUGUGUUUAAUGGACAGUGUGAUAGGAGUAUUGGAGUCGUUCCGAAUUUCGACGCUGCCAGGUAUUUGGGUCGUUGGCGCAUGAUUGAAACCUACCCAUCCGAUUUCCAAAGCCAACAAGGUAGUUGUCAAGAAGCCAACUACGCGUUGGGUGAUGGCGUCGUCGACGUCUUUAACACGCAAGUUAUAAACCAGAGUCUUGAUACCAUAAAUGGCACAGCAGUUGUAGCUAGUACCGAUGGCAGUGGUAUACUUCUUGUGACCUUCCCUGAUGCUCCCGCACCUGUGGAGUACUGGAUUUUGGAAACUGAUUAUGAGUCCUACGCAUUGGUAUACAGCUGUCAAAACAUAAACAGCGAACAGCGUAGAGUGUGGACGUGGAAGCUUAGUCGAACUAGAGAAUUGUCGGCGACAGCUAAAGCCGAAAUAGACAGAAGAGUCAACGCUAUCAACGUACUCAAUGAGCGGUUCUAUAUGAAGAUUGAACACUCCGACAACGCCUGCUUCUACUACCCAGUCCCUGAUGGCAGACCCGUGGUGUUCAGAGGCCAGUGCGAUCAAAGCAUACCAGUUGUAGCCAAUUUUGAUGCUGUAGCGUACAUGAAUACUUGGUACGACAUCGAAGGCUAUCCAGUCCAAUUCCAAGAUGGUACCUGCCCGACUGCCACGUACACUCUCGGGGAAACAGGCGUGGAUGUCUUCAACACGCAAGUCGUUGCUCAAGAGCUUGACACUAUUCGAGGGUCUGCUGUAGUGGCCUCUGACGAUGGAUCAGCUAAAUUGACUGUUACUUUCCCUGUUGCUGGAACCAAUCUUACGAUCGAUACACCAUAUUGGGUCUUAGCCACUGAUUAUAAAAACUACUCUUUAGUCUACACUUGCGUCGAUAUUGAUUCUGAACACCGUAGAGUUGCCAGCUGGAAGCUAAGCAGAAAUAAGACGCUCUCUGCAGAAUCAAGAACAGCAAUCGAUAGGGUCAUAGCAACCAUUCCAGUUCUCAGAGAAGAGUACUAUAAUGUUAGAGGUCAUACGGAAGAGGAUUGUUUCUAUUAUCCUGACAACGAAGGAGGACCAAUUAUACAGGAUGGACGGUGUGACAUAAGUGAAAUAAAAAUCGUUGAACAGUUCAAUGUAACUUCGUUUGCAGGAUCUUGGUACGAAAUCUCGCGUUUCCCUUCAGAAAUCCAAGAGGGCGAAUGUGUCUCUAACGAACUUAGCGUCCAGAAUCAAGAUAUAAGAAUGCGUAAAAGCAUUGUAUCUGAUGAGAGAAAUAGAACUUUUACUGGGCCUGUCACGUUGAAUGCUGAUGGAAGAGGAAUUAUGAAGGUCACACUUACUGAUCCUGUUGGUGGAGGAAUCUUCGAAAUGGAAUUCCAUGUAUUAGCUGUUGAGUACAACGACUUUGCGCUGUUAUACGGUUGUAGAGACGUCGACGAUUCACGUAGACAAAUCUACAGUUGGAAACUCAGCCGAUCACAGACAGGGUUGUCCCAGACAGCAGUCACGACGAUAAACCAAAUCGUGAGAGAUACUAGACCGCUCUUUGCACGUUACUUCGAAAACACAGACCAAACCGUCGUCGGUUGCUUCCACUACCCUCGCUUCGAUGAAUUGCCCCCAACUAUUGAACUGCUAGGACCUUGUGAUACAAGAAUUCGUGCUAAAGCCAACUUUGACGUGGCAGCUUAUCUCGGAAAAUGGUACGAAAUGGCCAGCUAUCCUCAAGCCUUCCAAUUCGGAGAGUGCGCUCGCGCUCAGUACAGCCUUGGUGACAACGCCGUAAAUGUGAUCAACACACAAGUCAUCAACAAGACACUCGACGUACGAACGGCGACCGCUGUCGUUGCUUCUACCGAUGGCAGUGGAUUGUUGGAAGUCACCUUCAACUUCCCGGAUGGAGUGCCCAACAUUGUCAAUUAUUACGUGCUCGAAACCGACUACACCAACUUUGCUCUAGUCUACAGCUGCAGUAACACGUCGGAUGGUAACAGACGAGUCACCAGCUGGAAAUUGAGCCGUCGGACAACCCUUUCCCCCGAAGCAGUACCAAUUAUCGACAGAAUUAUAAAUGAAACCCAGGGUCUUGACCAAGAAUACUAUCAACCCACAAGCCAGACAGAAGAAGAUUGUUUCUAUAUACCUGAAGUGGAUAAGAACGAGGCUCCACGGUUCAGAGGACAGUGUGGAGCGGUUACUGGCGUACAAGGAUUCGAUAUUCAGAAAUACCUCGGCUGGUGGCAUGAGAUCGAGAGCUAUCCCACAGGCAAUGACAGAGGAACGUGUAUUAGCUCCGAGUACAUACAAAUAUAUAAUGAGUACCAUGUAGUGGAUACUAAUGUCUUCAACAAUGUCGCUCAAGUAAAUGCCAGUGUCGUCACUGUUACCAAUGACGGGAGAAUCAGGAAGAUUAGCAAUGGAGUCAUUGUUGAUACUUGGGUAGUGGCAACGGAUUAUGAAACCUAUUCUCUUCUUUACUCUUGUGAGAAUAUUGACAGCCAAUACAUGCGCAUAUGGAGUGCCAAACACAGUAAAUCUCGUCAGUUAACGGCGGCCGCGCAAGAAGCGAUGGCGCGGUACAUCGAAUCCACCAAAACUUUAGAACAACAGUUCUAUCAUAUUGUGGACCAAAGCGAUAAUGCCUGCUUCCACUAUCCCGAACAAAGUGGAGCCCAGAUCAUAAUACCCGGGCAGUGUGAUCUGAAUAUACCUGUGGUCCAGAGUUUUGAUGUGCCUAAGUAUGGAGGAACAUGGUACCAAAUAGAACGCUACCCACAAAUACAUGAAAAUGGAACCUGCGUAGGCGCAAGAUACACUUUAAACGAGAACACUGGCGUAGUCACUGUCCUCAACUGGCAACUAGUAGGCGAUGUACUGGAUAGAGUGGAAGGAACUGCCACUGUGAACUCCACUGAUGGUAGCGCUAAACUGAUGGUUAGGCUGCCGAUACGCUUUACAGAGGAAGCGGAACCCACUAUGGUAGAGAUGGAGUUGUACGUCCUCACGACAGAUUACACGUCAUACUCACUAGCCUACAGCUGUGUCAACGUCGGCCCAUUUAGACGAGCUGUUGGAGCAUGGAAGCUAAGUCGCACCCGGUCAUUGACCGCCGAAUCUACGACCGCCAUCAACACGUACAUGGCCACCAGGCAAGAACUGCACCAACCCUUCUUCAUCCCGGUCGAACAGAAUGACGACUGCCCCGAUUCAGCAAUACUAGUUAAAAGCAGUAUUAUUAUCAUGUUAAUCUGCAGUAUUCUACAUUAUGUAUUAUAAUUUAUAGUUAAAUAAAUAAAGGCGGCUAAUACUUAAGGUGCAAACACAUUACUGUGUUGUUGGGUGUCGCAAUGCAACAGAACACGGCUGGAGUUAUGAAUUUUAUAAUGCCAAAUUUGCGCCAAUAAACAAAUUGUGGUACUGAAUCAACAAAACUUGUAAAAAACGUCUCGAAAAUUAACUAGUAUUGUCAUUAUAUCAGACAUAUUUUGUCUCUCUUGUAAUUUACUGAAAAUAGAAUCAAGUGGGUACUGUCACAUGUUUUUAAUGUAAACAAAAAAUGACAAAAAUGCAUAGAUACUAAGAACAUGCUAUAUUUUAGACCUUGGUGAAAACGUGGUGAAGACGUGCAAAUCAUUCUGUCGCCUCGUUACCCAGAUAGCGCGAUCCGACUGAUCGAUCGUCACGUUAUUAAGUAAUUGAUGUAAUGCAACAUACAAUAACACAGUCAAUGUGUUUGCGUCAUCGCGUUCAGCUAUGAUCGGUGUAUGCCCGACUACAACUCGGUCAAGCUAAGUUCCGAGUCGUGCACAUCGCCCGCACUGUGAGAGCGGCUGAUUCGUUAAUUUAUAAUAUUUUUAUAAGAAUAAUCUUCUAAAUAUUUAUUAAAGUUACCUACUCUUUUUUUAUAAAUAAGAGCUAAAAGAGGAUAAAAAAGUUUUUUAAUUUUUUUUAACGCCAAAGAAUGGUUGGUAAUAAUCACCUAUUGUGGGCCAUUAGAAGCUAUUCAUAGAAUUUAUGGGGAAAAAGAUUGAAAUUCGCAGCCUUUGUGGCCAAAACUUCAAGCGUCUACUCACACUCAUCACAAUUUGUAGUGUGUGUGUGUGGACGUGGUAGGUACCUAGGUAUAUAAAUCCUAUCUUCAAUACCUUUAAGUACCUAUAUAAAAUCUAUUAUCACAGAUUUAUUGGGUGUAUAUUAAACUGUAAACUUUUUCUG